UGGUUGACCAAAGAAGCACCUUCGCCAUUGUAUUCGAGUGGCAACAAGAUCUUUCUUGGAUACACUGGUAGACAUUAUAUGCUGUUUAAACCUCAGGACGAGUUUGUACCUGCCUUCAAAUCUGGUUUACCAGUAGUUCAUGAUGUAAGAAAAUAUUUUGUAUUAUAUUUGUAAUAUCAUAAAUGUUAAUAAAGUUCGAUCUUUAACCAGUCGUGAAUUUAACGCAUAAUUGUAGUCAACACCGUUAUCGCGUAAUAUCAGCUUCUCCUGUUUUUAUCGUGUAGCUUGUUACAUCAUCGCCAUCAGCUGGGUCAGGUGAAAGCUCAGAUGAAUCCGACUGGAUGCUCAAAUUUUCAUUGACAGAACCUCUGACGGUACGUCUGACGGUAUCACCAUCAACAUCUUCUACACCAAAUGAUUAUCAAGCAGCCGAAAUGAUUUCAGGUGAUAGCUCAGAUGAACCAGAUACGAUGCUCAAAUUUUCAACAAGGGAACAUUUGACGGUACCAGUAUCAUCAUCAACAUCUUCUGCACCGACACAUCAUCAAGCAGCCGAAAUAAUUGUGAUAUCAUCUGGCGAAGAUGAUGAGAUUACCAUUGUGCCUAAUGCAGCACCAGAACCCAGAACAAUGAAACAGGAAAAAGGUACUAACAAUUAAAAAUAAUUAAAAACUGUUUCGCUAAAAGGAAAAAAAUCGAAAAAAACGAGAGGAACAAAAAUAUACAAUAAAAAUCGUGUUUAUAGAUAUAUAUGUUACGUAACAUUAUUGUAUGGUUUGGCAGAAUCCUGGAUUUAGAUUGGUUGACGUACGGUCCGUAAAAACCGUAUUCGGAUCGUAGUCCAUAUUCUGUAUCCGGACCGGAUUUUUCCGAAAAUUUUUUAGCCAGAAUUUUGACAAAAUUAAGUUUAAAAAUUCAUAAGGUUAUAUAAUAAAACUUUUCAUAUCAAAAAUAAAGUUUUGUCAGUUUUCGUCGAUUAAACUUGGUCGUAUUGUUAUUAACGAAACCACGAUCGAAAUCAUCAUUUAAAUGCAAAAUGCCACUGCUGUAUACAGUUUAUUGACCUGACGUGUUCAGUAAAUAACCCUAAAAAUAUUCACAUAUAUACAUAUAAAAUAUUUCCAUGUUUUUACCUUAAGGGCUCUGAUGAUGAAAAAGAUACACGACGUCAAGCAACAGUGUCGAAAAAAAGGUAUUAAAUUAAAAUACUUUUUUAGCAAAAAGAGAGUAAAUGCUACAUUGCUUGUCGUCUGUGCCGGUAAAUCAUGAUGUACAAAGCUCGGUACUGAUCUUAUGAAUUGUUUGGUUUGUCAUGGGUUAGAAAUAACAAUUAGGGAAUGAAAUAGAAACUUAUGACAUACUGUAGUGCACCAUUAUUAAGUGAUAAUCUAUUCGUUUUAUAGAGUUUAUGAACCAUCUACAUAUUCCACUGACUCAAGCGACGAUGACCUACUUCCGCGCGCAAAGCAGAGUAAAUUUGGUCCCCAGUUCUGGGAUGACGUGAAAGUUGAAAGAGUUGAUAGCAUGCCUAAUGAUAUCAACGGCAGAAAAGUGUAUGAAGUUAAAAGCUCAGGAUCUACUAAAUUGUCAGCAGUUCGUGAUGGACGUAAUUGGAAAAAAGACUCAGGAACACAGUAG